GUCAGUCGUUUUAUCGCGCAGAAACCGUUUGAUUGUGGUUUUGCAGAACGGGUUGGAUCAGCAAAUGAGAUGAUGCCGAAGGUUGAUAUGUCGUUGAGUGAUCCCAUCGAUAUAGCGGGUUAUGAUCGAGUGGUGAGUGAAAGGGAAAAACUGCGAAACGACAUAUUCAAUUUAGAAACACAACUGAAAUUGGCCAGUGAAAUGUCGGCGUUGAUAUUCUGA